AUGUCUGAUCCGGAGCCUUCGGUGGCGAUCUCAUCUUCGCCCUCUCUCCCGGCCACCGACUCCAAUCCUCUCAACUACGCCUUCCUCGUUCACUCCCAAAAGACACUCACCCAGAAUCUUCCUCCUCGGGUCGACAACAAGUUACUAGCCCGCCAAAAGCGGCGCCGGACGAGCCCCGAAGACCACGCCAUUCUCGAAUCCGAAUAUCAGCAGAACCCCAAGCCCGACAAAAGUGCCCGCACAAACAUCGUAAACCGUGUCUCGCUGGGCGAAAAAGAGGUCCAAAUUUGGUUCCAGAACCGCCGCCAGAACGACCGUCGGAAAUCCAAACCCCUUCAGCCUCACGAACUACUUGGCCCGCGGUCGGGCAUAGUCGAUUCAUCCGGUCAACCUUUAAGUGACGAUAACGCGUCGGCGGAGCCGGGGUCGUCAAGUGGGGCAGAACAAUCCGACGUUCACGACCGUCGCGAAGAAAUGGCGAAACCAUGGCACGGUGGGCUGCUGAACUUCUCCGAUGAGUCGGAGCCCGUGGAUGAAAAAGAGGAUCCUGAGCUGCCUCCGAGUACACAAACAAGCGUGGCUACCGAGGUGGUAGAGGACACGCCACCGACCACGCAGGAAGAGUUUUCCCAAAAUGUUAAUGACCCCUCGGAGGAUUCUCUUCUCUCCGUUCCCAAGAGAAAACGGUCCGUGUCGGACAUGAAGGGCGAAGGAGCACACGAGCAGGAGACAACAAACACACAAAUCACACACACCACGCCGACCAAGUCCCCGCCAUCGCUGCGAUUGUCCAUGUCAUUUGAUGGAGAGGCUAUGGUACGCACAGAGGGCGAGCUAACGCCGUCGCCUCCAAAAGGUCGCAACGCGUUGCGUAUCGCCAUGUCGUCCGAUGGCAAGGCAGUCAUUCGCGGGGAGAACGAGCCCUCGCCAUCCAAGAACCGCGUGGCGAUGUUCUCAGUACGUCGGACAAAGAUGUCUGGCCUGCGACGCAGUAGCAGUGCCAUCUUCCCAGCUACGCCGCGGGCAGGCAUGGCUGAGAAGGAUCGGACGUUUGGUCGGUCUCGCGAUUCGCGCAACUGGGAAUCAUUCUGUGACACAGAUGCCCGAAGUGCUCUAUCGACACCGACUUCAGGCCCCAACGCUUCUUCCCCGGGUCUGUUCCAGUCUCGCAGUCAGCGCUCCUUAACACGGAGCGCUUCUGGGCGAUCGGGUCUCGCUGCCCAAGCCGACAUCAACAGUACACCUAUUUCUCAGUCCAUGGGAGAGAAGAGACGGAAGCUGGCUCGCGCAUUUUCUUCUAUGGGGCGUUUGGAGACCGAACGCCAGCCCGGACGCUACAAGGUUGUUUCUGUAUCGAAGCCGUCGAAGCCCAUAUUUUCCAAGUCUGGAAAGCAAGACCUGGAAUUAGACCCCGGUGAUUCGGACAAGGAGAACUGGGUUCCAGGCACACGAGCGGCCAAUAUUCGUCGUCGCAAUACGUCGCAUGUGCCACGAUCCGCUCUUCGCGAUGCCAACCGCACCCGCGGUCUCGGCAUCAGCAACGGCAAACGCAAUCGACCGCUCCAAUCUGGUCAGGGCAAAGCCCCGCCAGAGGUCAGUGCAGAUGUGUCGGCGUUCAUGUCCAGUGGUGAUGGGGGAAGUCAAGAAGACGACCUGGACUGUGUUCAGGGUCUCCUAUCGUUGAGUCAAGGGGCCUGGCGAUAG